CAUGGGUUGAUGUUUAAUGGCUCACUGUGGUGCGUAAAAGGCGCGUCCUCGUCCGUGCGGGCUAUCACGUUAUCGCCAUAUCCCCAAGGGAGGUAAAUUCAAGGUUUUUUUUGUCAAAGCACAGCAGUGAUGCAAACUCUGAUAGGCGACGGCUCCCGCCAAAGGCACAGAUCUUUUUGAAGCGGAUUUGCAAUCUGGUCGGACAAGCGCUGGGAGCAGCGGCUAUACGCUGAACUUGUUGGAUUUGAUUGGCCCCUUUAACUCGAUCCGUGAAGCUUAUACUCGUUUUUUUUCCCACAAUGUUUUUAAAAGAGGCGGCACCUAUUUGCGAAUGUUGCAGAAAACCAGUAGAGGACUGCUUGCCCUGCUGCUGAUAGUGUUGGAGUGGACCCUGCCAGUCCUACCGUCCCCACUGAGGCCUAUCUGUGACCUGAGGGUCCUGGACCAUUUCAUUAAGGAGGCACGAGACGCAGAAGUCGCUAUGAAAGCAUGUAGAGAAGGAUGUAGUCUUUCAGAGUCUGCCACUGUUCCCCAAACCAGAGUCGACUUUGAUGUGUGGGAAAAGCAAAAUUCAUCACAGCAAGCUGACGAGGUGCAGUCUGGUUUAUGGCUUUUACAACAGGCCUUGAAUCUGCUACGAACCUCAGUUACCAACACAGCACUGCAUAGUCACAUAGACACCUCCAUCAGAAACCUGCUCAGCAUCAGUGGUGUGCUGCGCAGCCUCAACAUCCAGGAAUAUACCCCUCCAGCUAGUGCUGCGGAUGUUGAAGGAACAUGGAGGGUGUCCACUGCAACAGAACUGCUUCAAGUCCAUGUCAACUUCCUGAGGGGCAAAGUGCGCCUCCUUCUUAUGGAUGCACAGGCUUGUCAGCAAGAUGUCAGCUGAUCAGCUCAUCUCCCUUCUCCAGGCGAAGCUGAUCUGUGUUUCCUGUGGCAAGAGGGGGGACUUAACACCGUCUACCUGCUUGUUGGCUGGUAAAAGCGGUGUGUAAAGUGAGGAAAAUGCAGCCAUCACCGCAUAUAUAGAGGAAGCUGAGACAAGAGUACGGUCCCAUGUGGGCUUUGAACGGACAGGAGACGUUUGCACCUUUGAAUGCAAAUAUGAAUACGAUGAAGGACACACGGACCAAAACAAAGCCUUUGGGAAACACUGCUCCAAAAGCUGUUCUACUGGCACUCUCUUGCACUUUUGUGGAUGUACUUUGUGACUGUGAGCUAUGAUUUCAGUUGUGACUGUGUGUGUGGUGUGUUCAUGCGACUGUUUCCAGGGAAUUUGACCCCUACACUCACCUUUCUAGAAUAAAUUGUAGAGUGAAACACCCAGAAAAUACUGAUUGCACCUGGAAACUAGAGGACUGUGUGGUUGCAACAGGGCAUCCUUUUGUCAUACUCAAAAAAUAAGGCCUUUCUCAAUGUGCCUUUAGUGUUUCAGCCAUGCCUCUUAGACACAUUACUCUUAGUUUUUCUUACUGAAUGUGUGAAUAUAUUUUUAAAAAUGUUAAUUAAUAUUUAUACAAAUUUCUAGCUCCAGUCUGGUAUUUUUUUAUAGUCUUGUAUCUUUAGGAUUAUCCUUGCCUUCCUCUCAUGUGACAUACACGAGAACAAGGCAACAAAGAGCUGUUAUUUAUUGUCAUCAUUUGUAAUGGCAUGCUGCUGUUUUCCUUUUAAAAAAGAUUGAAUGUACGUAUGACUAUGAAGUUGAUGCAGUGGUUCAGUUUCAGUUUACGAAGGGGUAUGAGUGAGGAGGGUAAUGGAGGGUUACAUGGGAAAUGUGAAGUUGUUUUGUCAUGUCACCGCCAAACUAACACUCAACCAGACUGAUAAUCAGACUGACUGGAAAAAUGCUGAUGGCCUUUACAGUGAAUAUCCUGUGAGGCCAUAUUUGCAAAUAGUUUUCCAGCAUCUGACGUUAACGCCGUCUCCCCCCUCCCUCUAUUGUUCAUCGUGACACCGCCAGAAGGCAAUCAGUCAGUCCUGGGAACUUGAUGCGUUCAAGAAAAAGCUCAGUUAUUUGCAUUAUAACUAGUUAACUGGUCUUCCUUGUUUUUUUCCGUAUUUUUUUUUUUUAUAUCUCAUGCAAGUGUUUUUAAGGAUGUUUGUACAUGUUUUUUUUCCUGUUUUUUGCAUCAUGAUGUUUUGUCCACUGUAGAAUUUCUAUUUAAAAACAACAUAUUAUUCUUGGAUAAAAAAAUAAGGAUAGACUGAAACACAACAAGAGGAAGUUUGUCUGUUUCAUUUGUUAUUUUUGUCUUAUUCAGGUCAAUGGAGUUAUCAGGCAAGCUGAAUACAAGCUGCUACUGCAAACUCUAACAGCCUGAGUUCCAUUUAGAAGUCACAUCCUCAUCAGGCUCUAUACACUCCAACAAGCUUGUUUUUAACAAAUCAAACAGAACGUCCUACAGAAUGCUUUCCUUCAUUAAAUACAAAUUAAACAUAACUUAUACACGCAAAUGCCUCAAUCUUUGUAAACUAGAUUCUGUCUGACCUUAAGCUGAACCAAUUCCCCUAACAAUAUUGGAGAAUAUAUUGUUGUCACAUGGUUCAGUGAAAGACAGGUUAAGGAGCGGCGCCAUCCUGACAUGUCUAUGUAUGUCUAACUACUGACAUCUAGUGGACAAUUACAGUAACAAACAUGCUUCAAUUAUAAAUUUAUAGUUAUUUGUAUCUUCAAAAACAUAUGGACAUGCAACUGUAAAUACUUUCACAAGCUCUUUAGUCUAAAAAUUAAAGACACAUAUUUGGCACAGCCUUGUCUAUCUAGUAUUAACUUUGACAAAAAGGCAAACAACACUGAUGCUUAUUGACAUGCAAACUAAAACAGAAAAACACAGCCUGGGAGAACAACAAUUUCACUAACACAUGAUGUAAGGCAGUGAAAAUCUGAAUAUUUCAACACUGACAUAGUGCGUUUCCAUCUAGCUGUUUGCAUUUUCAAUUGGUGCAUGAAAAAGUGAAAAUGUCAAAAAAUUUGAACAUGAAAAGGAAUACAAAAAAAAAAAGUUUUCAUUGAUGGGAAAGGUGGAAACAUUGUUGCAAUAGAGGCAAAUCAGAGCUAUAGAAACUAUGUAUAAUAUUGUGUCUGCAUGUAUAGACUAAUAAGGAGAUUGCAGGAGUCACAUAAGGACUGUAAAGCUGGGGAAAGAAGUAGUAAACAAAGGCUCUGACAAAUGCUAUUUGAUCCAAACAGGUGGUUUGGGGGUCUGAAGCAGUCAGCCAACUUAAGAAUUUCAAAUAUCUCGUAGUAAGAGCUCCUCAAAAAACAGCUAAGGCAGUAUGUUAUUAUCAAAGUGUAGUAUAUGAAAUACUACACUUUACUGGCACUGCAUUAAAUCAUGAAGAUGACAAUGAGGAUAAUUAACCAACUGUAAAUAUUCGCCUGAUAAGAGUGUAUGGAAAAGUGCGUAAAUUAGCCUUUAACUAUUCAGGUUUUU